GUCAUCGAACGUUGUUCAUUGGUGUUCACGUGCCACUGGGUGGAAGAAAAAGUCACCGACGCCAUAGGCACCGUGGACAUAAACACAGAAAGAGAGACAGAGAGCGAGAUUCAGGAUUAGAAGAUGGGAGAGAGUCUCCUCCUUUUGAUACCCCAUCACAAAGGGUGCAGUUUAUUCUUGGAACAGAAGAUGAUGACGAGGAACACAUUCCUCAUGAUCUCUUUACUGAGCUUGAUGAAAUUUGUUGGCGUGAAGGAGAGGACGCGGAGUGGAGGGAAACAGCAAGGUGGUUGAAGUUUGAAGAAGAUGUAGAGGAUGGUGGAGAGAGGUGGAGCAAACCAUAUGUUGCCACGCUGUCACUUCAUAGCUUGUUUGAGCUGAGAAGCUGUAUCCUGAAUGGCACAGUUCUUUUGGACAUGAGAGCUAACUCCAUAGAAGAAAUUGCAGAUAUGAUUCUGGACCAGCAGGUGGGUUCUGGACAGCUCAGUGAGGAUGUUCGUCACAGAGUGCAUGAGGCAUUACUGAAACAGCAUCACCAUCAGAACCAGAAGAAGCUGAGCAACAGGAUCCCAAUUGUGAGAUCCUUUGCUGAUAUUGGAAAGAAGCAGUCUGAGCCCCAUUCCAUGGAUAAAAAUGGUCAGAUUGUUUCCCCACAGUCUGCUCCAGCCUGUAUUGAAAACAAAAAUGAUGUGAGCAGAGAAAACAGCACUGUUGACUUUAGCAAGGUUGACCUACACUUCAUGAAAAAAAUACCACCUGGAGCUGAAGCAUCAAACAUCUUAGUUGGUGAACUAGAGUUCCUGGACCGUGCGGUUGUUGCUUUUGUUAGGUUAUCUCCUGCAGUGCUGCUUACGGGACUAGCUGAAGUUCCGAUUCCAACAAGAUUUUUGUUUAUUCUUCUUGGACCACUGGGUAAAGGGCAACAAUACCAUGAGAUUGGAAGAUCAAUUGCAACACUAAUGACAGAUGAGGUGUUCCAUGAUGUUGCUUACAAAGCAAAAGACCGCAAUGACUUGGUGUCCGGAAUUGAUGAGUUUCUUGAUCAGGUUACUGUUCUCCCUCCUGGAGAGUGGGACCCAACAAUUCGAAUAGAACCACCUAAAAAUGUUCCCUCUCAGGAGAAGCGUAAGAUCCCAGGAGUGCCAAAUGGAACUGCAGCCCAUGGGGACGCAGAACAACCUGGAGGACACUCUGGACCAGAACUGCAACGCACUGGAAAAUUUUUUGGAGGAUUAAUUUUAGAUAUAAAAAGAAAAGCUCCCUUCUUCUGGAGUGACUUCAGGGAUGCUCUCAGUCUGCAGUGUCUGGCAUCAUUUUUGUUUCUCUACUGUGCUUGCAUGUCUCCUGUCAUCACAUUUGGUGGUCUGCUGGGAGAAGCAACUGAAGGUCGUAUAAGUGCAAUAGAAUCGCUGUUUGGAGCAUCCAUGACUGGAAUUGCCUACUCUCUCUUUGGUGGACAGCCUCUCACUAUACUUGGCAGCACAGGACCAGUUUUAGUGUUUGAGAAGAUCUUAUUCAAAUUUUGCAAAGAGUAUGGGUUGUCGUACCUUUCUCUGAGAGCUAGCAUUGGACUGUGGACUGCAAUCCUGUGCAUCAUCCUUGUUGCAACUGAUGCAAGCUCCCUAGUCUGCUACAUUACCCGGUUUACUGAAGAAGCUUUUGCUUCUCUUAUAUGCAUCAUUUUCAUUUAUGAGGCCUUAGAGAAGCUGUUUCAUCUCAGUGAGACAUAUCCAAUCAACAUGCAUAAUGAUUUGGAUCUGCUGACAAAGUACUCAUGCAGUUGUGUGGAACCAGAACAUCCUAGCAAUAGAACCUUACGAUACUGGCAGGACUACAAUAUAUCUGCAUCUGAUGUGCUAUGGGGGAACCUAACUGUGUCAGAAUGUAAAAAGUUUCAUGGAGAGUUUGUUGGACGAGCCUGUGGUCAUCAUGGCCCUUAUGUUCCAGAUGUCCUCUUCUGGUCUGUCAUCUUAUUCUUUUCUACAGUAACCCUGUCAUCCACACUGAAGCAGUUCAAAACUAGCCGAUACUUCCCAACAAAGGUACGAUCUGUUGUCAGCGAUUUUGCUGUCUUUCUCACUAUUUUGUCCAUGGUUUUAAUUGAUUAUGCGAUUGGGAUUCCAUCACCAAAACUUCAGGUUCCAAAUGCUUUUAAGCCCACCAGAGAUGAUCGUGGCUGGUUUAUUACUCCUUUGGGGCCUAAUCCUUGGUGGACAGUGAUAGCUGCUGUAAUUCCAGCCCUGCUUUGUACUAUCCUUAUCUUUAUGGACCAGCAGAUCACAGCUGUCAUUAUCAAUAGAAAAGAACACAAACUAAAGAAAGGAUGUGGAUACCAUCUCGACCUACUCAUGGUAGCAGUCAUGCUUGGAGUGUGCUCUAUUAUGGGAUUGCCGUGGUUUGUUGCAGCCACUGUCCUCUCUAUUUCCCAUGUGAAUAGCUUAAAACUGGAAUCAGAGUGCUCCGCUCCAGGGGAGCAGCCAAAAUUUCUUGGAAUCCGGGAGCAAAGAGUCACAGGGCUCAUGAUUUUUAUCCUUAUGGGCUCAUCUGUCUUUUUGACAAGUAUCCUGAAGUUUAUUCCUAUGCCAGUACUUUAUGGAGUAUUUCUUUACAUGGGUGCUUCAUCUCUAAAGGGAAUUCAGCUUUUUGACAGGAUAAAGCUAUUCUGGAUGCCUGCAAAGCAUCAGCCAGAUUUUAUUUAUCUGAGGCAUGUUCCUCUUAGAAAGGUCCAUCUCUUCACUGUAAUUCAGCUGAGUUGUCUUGUGCUUCUGUGGAUUAUAAAAGUUUCAAGAGCUGCCAUUGUCUUUCCUAUGAUGGUCCUAGCUUUGGUAUUUGUCCGAAAACUCAUGGAUUUCUUUUUUACUAAACGGGAGCUCAGUUGGUUAGAUGAUUUGAUGCCUGAGAGCAAGAAAAAGAAACUGGAAGAUGCUGAGAAAGAGGAAGAGCAAAGUAUGUUAGCAAUGGAAGAGGAAGGGACUGUUCAGUUGCCACUAGAAGGACAUUACAGAGAUGACCCAUCUGUGAUAAACAUUUCUGAUGAAAUGGCAAAAACUGCUGUGUGGAAGACAUUGUUGAUAUCCUCGGAGAAUGCAAAAGAUAAGGAGUCAAGCUUUCCUUCUAAAAGUGCUGAAAUCAGAAAAGAGAAGAAAGCUGACUCAGGGAAAGGUGUUGACCGGGAGACUUGUCUAUGA